UUUUAAUGAUACAGCUUUUACACAAAAUGUUACGAACGGGACAUAGGCAUACAGCAGUAUUAUGCUACAUGCAUCAGUCCCGCGAAAACGUGUUGGAAGCAGGUGUGAGACCAGGCUUCAUGCGGGUGACGUCACAUAUGAAGGGAUCUGCCGAGAUGGAGGUGGCGUAAGGAGGCAACAAAUUUGGCCCAAGAAAAUUGUAGAAAACAAAAACACACCAGCUACUCCACAUUCCUCGGCGCCGCUGAGUGCAUUUCGAAUCGAGGAGCGUUCAAAACGUCAACAUUAGGCUUUUCGACCUCCGAGUCUUCCAGAAACUUCCAAGACCCUGAGACAUGUCGGAAGCGAGUCAGGUCCAGGCUGUAUCGCAGCCGCCCGAGCCCGGCUCUCCCGAGACGGAGGAGGCCACCGCCCCGAAGGGCGGCCUGGCCUUCAGCUCGGACCUCAGCCUGGUGGAGAUGACGGAGGUGGAGUACUCGCAGCUCCAGCACAUCAUCUACUCCGAGAUGGAGGUGCAGGACGCCGAGGCGGGCGGGCCGGAGGACGCGAGGUCAGACCUCGCCGGGAGCCACGUCCUCCUGGCCAGCGCCAGCGCCCACGGGGAGGAGGGCGCCCCCGCCGGCUGCUCGGUGCGCUCCAGACCCAACCCUCCCGCCCGGGUGUGUCUGGAAAAGCGGUUCGGCUGCAGCCCCUGCGACAUCAGCAGGCGUCCGGAGACCCAGGCGCCCUCGGGCGCCCUGAGCAAUUUCCUGUCAGGCCUGCAUCACCCGGCAGAGCUGCUGGGAGUGUCCAAGGGCCUGAAACUGGGCAGGACCAAGCUGGCACCCCGGCCCGUGCCCAUAGAGCUCACCUACCCUCUCUAUGGGGCCAGCCUGUGUAACUCGGCCGAGAACACUGGCACCUCCGCACAGAGUAUUGGAAGUUUUUCACAGUUCCUGGAAUCGGCAAAGCACCAGGAGCUGAUUCCAAGGAAUUUCACCUUUAGUUACCAACAAGACACAGAAUCUUUCGAACCAACAGUCCUGACCCAAACCAAGUCCUUAGCCGAACAAGUCUGGGUUAAUCAAGAAGAAAUCUUACAGGCCAGACGCAGGGCGAGCAGCAGGCGCAGCCGGGCCCGCGGGCAGCAGGCGGCCAGCGAGCGGCGCGCCCUCAGCGACAUCCAGAACGUGCUGGCGGCCCCGGGCGGCGAGGCCGCGGACGGCACCCUCAGGAAGAGCAGAGGGUACAGGGAGAACUCGCUUCGCCGGGAGAGGCACAACAGCAUGGAGCGGGACAGGAGAAGGAGAAUCCGUAUUUGUUGUGAUGAGCUGAACAUCCUGGUUCCAUUUUGCACCCCUGAGACUGACAAAGCUACAACACUGCAGUGGACCACCGCGUUCCUCAAAUACAUUGAUGAAGUACACGGAGACAGCCUGAGAAAGGAGUUUGAGAAUGCUUUCUGUGGCAAGACUGGCAAACGCCUGAAGCCUGGCCUGACGGAGCAGCACAUGCCUCAUGAAGAGAGCCCACUGAGCAGCGUGCCAGUGGAGCAGAAAUGAAGUCAAGGACACUGUAUAGAGUAUGUAUUUUUUGCAAAUACUCCAGAAGAGUAUUUUGAUUGCAUUCUUAAUGUACACACUAAAAAUAUUUAAAAUAUACAUUGCAGAAAUCCCUAUCUGUAUGCACAUGGUUGGCUGUGCAUAGUAAGAAAAGAGCAGUCACAGGCUCUAAUCUUGCUGCACUGAUUAGUAGACUAAUGAUGCAUCUGAAUUGUCUGUUGUUCCGUUGAGCUCUAACCAAAAGGAGACCAUUGUGUACAGUUGAAGGACAUCUGGAUCUCCAAUAACAACCAUUGUCUCACUCUGUAGCUGGAGCUCGUGUGAAUGUCUUGCAUACAUAAUUCUUGUCUAUAGUUUACAUAUUUAAAAACAUAUUGAUACAAAAUAAAGUUGUGUGUCUUUUUAUACUGUCUUAAAAACCAAAAACAAGAGCAACAUGAUGAGUCUUUACCCUCCUGUUUCUUCUGUAAUGCUUGUCAUUUUAUUGGGAGACCUGGUAUUUGAGCUGUGACCAUACAGACAUACAUCAGGAUAAUUCUCUUCUUAUAUGGAAGCAUCAUAGGUACAACAGUGGCACCAACAGAUCAAGUUCUGUAGGGCUAAAUAAUGGAGUUAUCAACUUUUAUUCUAAAACACAUUUGAAAUUUUUAGAUUUCUCUUUCACAACACGAUUGUGAAAUAUGAAGGAUAACUAUACAUCUUUUAAUUUCUUGAAUAUGGGGGGAAAAGGAACAUGAAACUGUUUUGCAGAAAAGCUUCCAGAGGUGGCACUGUUUCUCCAUGCUAGAUUUUAAAAGGUAAAGAAAAAUACCGGACAGGUUUUCUCCAGUAGUUUACUACAAUAUUAUUUAUAUUAAUAUAUAGUAAUAUUUUGCAUCUUAAAUGUUAAGUCAAAUUGACUUUUACUUGCAAAUAUAUAUAUAUAUUAAAUAAAGCUAAAUGAAUUGGGUAUUUGUUACACAUUAAAAUGGACAGGUUUGGAAUUAAUAACAUACUUGUAUUUGGUUAAUGAUUAUUGGAGUAGGAUAGGUUCUACUUUUUAAUAGCUUGAAAGCACUUACAUUCUUAAAAGUACUGUAACAUCAAUAGUUUGCCAUGUUCUGUAAUUUAAGAGUAAAGUUUCU